AAGAAAGUAUCCCUCCCCUCCAUCAAGACGCACAAGACUCUGAACCGAAGGAUAUCUUGGCCUCCCUACAGAAGCUGAUUAUUCGGGCUUGUCAACCGCCAUAAAAUCGUACAAGAAGAAGAAGAAGAAGCUGAUUAUUCGGAUCUAUGUAAUGAUUUAUCCCACAACAUGAUCCCAUACUGAUACGAAACUUAGACAGAUUUAGUCAAUAAGUCGACAGAUUUGUUCAGGGACAUCUGCGUUGGCGUUAAACAUGCGCAAAAAUUCACGCUAUCAAAGCAGAGAAUCACCGUAAACGGAAUGAUCGCUUCUCACGUGAAGUCACCUUGAUUGUUUGUUUUUAAAAGAAGCGACAAGCUUAUCGACUCCGAAAAUACCCGCAACCGAGAGACCGAAGUGGGAACGAGCGCUGACAUCCGCAGUCUAUCUGGAAAUACGGUGUCCUAAGCCAUGGGGGCCUUCUUGGACAAACCGAAGACAGAGAAACAUAAUGCUCACGGAGCGGGCAACAGUCUACGCUUUGGCCUGAGCAGCAUGCAGGGCUGGAGGGUUGAGAUGGAGGAUGCACACACGGCCGUUGUGGGUCUACCGCAUGGCCUGGACGACUGGUCCUUCUUCGCAGUGUACGACGGUCACGCUGGCUCCCGCGUAGCCAACUAUUGCUCCAAACACCUGCUGGAGCACAUCAUAACCAGCAGCGAGGACUUCCGUUCGGGGCCCGACUCCGUGGAGGGCGUUAAAAGUGGCAUUCGUUCUGGCUUCCUGAAGAUCGAUGAGUACAUGCGCAACUUCUCGGACCUUCGUAACGGCAUGGACCGUAGCGGCUCCACGGCAGUUGGCGUGCUGGUGUCCCCUGAGCACCUCUAUUUCAUCAACUGCGGAGACUCCCGUGCUGUACUCAGCCGCGUCGGACAGGUACGGUUCUCCACACAAGACCACAAGCCGUGCAACCCUCGUGAAAAAGAGCGCAUUCAAAACGCAGGAGGUUCUGUGAUGAUCCAAAGGGUGAAUGGUUCACUUGCUGUGUCACGUGCCCUGGGGGACUAUGACUACAAGUGUGUGGAUGGGAAGGGCCCCACUGAGCAGCUGGUAUCGCCGGAACCGGAGGUGUUUGAAAUCCCACGUGUUUCAGAAGAGGAUGAGUUUGUGGUGCUCGCCUGCGAUGGCAUCUGGGAUGUGAUGAGCAACGAGGAGCUGUGUGAUUUUGUGCGCUCUCGGCUAGAGGUGUGGGAUGACUUGGAGAAGAUCUGCAACUCUGUGGUGGACACCUGUUUACAUAAGGGAAGCCGUGACAACAUGAGUGUUGUUCUAGUAUGUUUCCCCAAUGCACCGAAGGUAUCAGAGGAGGCUGUUAAGAGAGAGGCCGAGUUGGACAAGUUCCUGGAGGCUCGUGUGGAAGAAAUCCUGGAGAAGUCAGGGGAGGAAGGCAUCCCAGAUCUAAGCCAUGUCAUGCACAACCUUCGCCCUGAGAGCAUCCCCAACCUGCCACCGGGUGGUGGACUCGCUAGCAAACGUAGUGUAAUUGAGGCUGUUUACAACAGGCUAAACCCACACAGAGAAGAAGAUGGGAGCGGAGGUGACCUGGACGACCCCUGGUAGCCCGAGCAGCCAACGACUUCUGAACCACAUGAGAAUGUCCUCAGUUCACACAAGAAAACCCUUGCUCACACACUUUUUUGGUUUCAAUUCGGAGAGCGUCAUAGGAAAUGUUAAAGGACGAGUCUGGGAAUACAUACGCUUGUUUUUUAAAGAUGAGAAAACUACAGAAAUGUUUUUUUUUUUUUUAGAACUGCAUUGUAUGGUAGAGAGAUUUAUCUUUACUCCCCCAGCCCCUUCCUCCUGAAAUCUGUGUCCAUUACACAGAAGUUGCUGGAUGCUAAUUUGGAGGCAUGAACUCUGAACUCAGCUGGAGGAGGGCAGGGCCAGCGAGCUCUGAGAGGGACAGGGACCCUCGUUCAGACGCGGCUCUCUUUGAACCCCUUCACACCAUGUGCAGCUUUUUGGAGGCAUGAUCUCAGUUCUUGUUCACCGUUUCUGCCACCCUCUUCUUUAACCCUGCGACUCUUAACAGGCUCUAUCCCAUCAGCUGGACAGCAGCCACAGAAAUGUAAUGUAUCUGUUGUGGAUUUUUCUUGUUCUCUUUUGGGGCAGGGGCAACUUUCUUCUAGUGUCAUUCAUUUUGGUGCUUGCUGUUAAACAAGAAAAUUAAAAAAGAAAAAAAAAAUCCUAGGACACUCUUGAGACUCAAUCUUGACAGCAGGAGAUUAUUGCAAACCCGCUAUGAAUUUGGAGGAGCUUGUCACGGUGACUUCCUCACAGUCGCCUCAAGAGACAGUACAUAAAAACUGAACUCCUUCUCUUUUUCACAGCACUCUUCGUUCCCUGCUCUCCCCAUCAGCUUGCCUUCUGGUUUGUGGUUUUCGCUAUCAUUUUGACACUGCGUUUUUAACUUUUUUUUUUAUUACAGAUUAUAUGGCGUAAUUGGUAUUGUUUGAUUGCACUCACAUUUGAUUACAAAAAUAAAAAAAAAUACUAAAAAAUAUAUGAAAGAGAAGCUAUGAGAAGGUAGAGUAUUUCUAAAGUGAAAUUGCAGAAAUAUGUAUGUGUAUAUAGCUAUAUAUAUUUUUUUCUCCUUUAACAGCGGAGUGAAAGAGUGGGAGGGGACGCUCUCUCCUCAGACUGGCUGAUAGGUACUUGAAUAUUCAUUGAGUGGGUCUGUUUUUUUUUGUUUUUGUUUUUUUUGGUAAUCCUUAAUGUAGGAUUGUUUUUGAACCGUGCCUGUAAAAGGUGAACCAUGCUGUAAGGGGGUGUACUUACAGGACAGUUAGCUAUGAAUGAAUGUACCCCUUAUUCACACUGAUACACAAUACAUAUACCAUCACACACCCAUUUGUACAUGCUCAUGCGUAACACUUUCAUAUGUGCAUUUAUUGUUUGAUUAGCUUCAUCGUAUACAUUCACGUUCCUACUCCAUGUACUUCACAUGUGAGUUUUUUUUCUGCGCUGUGCGAUAAUCGGACACAGACAUGCUCUGGAGGCCUUCUUUACUUCCUCCUUUUUUUUUGUUUUGCUUGUUUAUUCAUCGACUUCACCUGCUCUGGUGUGUAGCUUUAAAAUGAGCGUUUAAUUGAAUUUUAUUAGAUGAUUGUUUAUGUAUGUGUAUAUAUUUUUGCAGUUUUUCUCUCUUCUGGUACACAUAACUUGUAGCCAUAUGCUGGAAAGAUUCAUUUUAGGACGAAUAGAUUGAGUCAGUUUCCAGUCGAGAUGGUAAAGAGAUAUAUUUUGUGCGGUGGGUGCUCAAGGACAUUAAUUUGCGUUGUGUAUAUUAACAAUUAUUGAUGCGUAUAAUAAUUGAGACAAAGCAUUUUAUUUAUUCCAAGCGUAUUGGCUUAAGAAAAGAGGG